CUAACGAGUUUCACUGCUUCUAAGUCAACAACAUUGCAACACGGAGGAAUUUAAUUUCCCUUUGGGAAUCAUGUGAUUCGUUACAGCGUGUGAUUUUAUUUUUAGAAACUGAAUCGACGGGUUUUGAAUUGAUUGAAUCAGAAUAAAGCAAAGUCAUCAUGCAUAUAGCCUACACACUAGGAGGGAUCUGUCUAGCAUCGCUAGUUACUCUUUUUCUCCUACCUUUUGUCUACUUUGUAGCUGUGUUUAUGGCAAUAGCUUUCAUCAUUGCUUUCUUCUUCAUCUUAAUAUCUGAUGGUGACAUUAUGCUGAUGAUUUAUGAUAAACUGCAUCUAGAUGGAGAUAAUUUACGAGGGAAAGUGGUAUGGCUUAGUGGUGCUUCCAGUGGUAUUGGAGAACAUAUAGCUUAUAAAUUAUCAACAAAGGGGUGCAAGAUUAUACUUUCUGCAAGAAGAAAAGAUGAACUUGAACGAGUGAAAGAAACCUGUGUUAGCAAAUAUGGUGCCAAGAAUGGAGAUCUUUUGGUGAUGCCCCUUGACCUCACCGAUUUUGAAUCCCACCGUGGAGAAGCACAUGAUGUCAUCAGUCACUUUGGAAAGUUGGAUAUCCUAAUAAAUAAUGCUGGUAAAUCACAACGUUCUCUAUGUGAAGACACUAGCCUGGAAGUGACCCAUCGCAUUGUUAAUAUCAACUUCAUCGGCACCGUGUCUCUCACAAAAGCUGUUCUACCACACAUGCUGGCAAGGAAAUCUGGUCAGAUUGUUAACAUCAGCAGUACGGCUGGAAAAUUUGGGGUUCCCCUUUCCACAUCUUACUCUGCAACAAAGCAUGCAAUACAGGGUUUCUUUAACUCUCUGAGACCCGAGGUGUACCAUCGCAAUGUGACUGUUACCAAUGUGUGCCCUGGACCGGUAGUGUCUGAUGUAGUAAUUAACGCUUUCCAGGAAGAUAUAGACCAGCCUGCGAUAAAACAGGACAUGGGAGUUGGAGAACGCGAUCAAAGGUCCAUCAUGUCCACCGAUAGAUGUGCGCAUUUGACAGUGGUUGCUAUGGCAAACAACCUGGAUGAAGCAUGGGUUUCCAGGCAGCCGGUACUUCUAUUUAUGUACCUGUCACAAUACAUACCUUCAGCAUUCCUCUGGAUGUUUAAAAGGUCAGCCAAUAAACGAAUUGAAGAUUUCCGGAAACGUCAAAAGGGGAAGUAAAAUGAAAACUAAGUUUAAAAUUAUCUUAGAUAUUAUGAAGAGUGCAUUGAAAUUCUGACUCAAUUUGCAUAUGAAAAUUAAUGUAUGUCAAGAUUGUAGCUGUACAAAGCUAUGGGUGGGUGGUAGACAUUUUAAGGGUGGGUAGGUUAUAACAUUAAUAAACUUUAAAGAAAUGAGAGUGGACUUUAAAGAUGGAAAAGUGGGUUAAUGAGUGGGUGGAGGGCCAUGAAAUUAGCUUUAGACUGAGUGGAAAACUUUAAGGCUGGGUGGCACCCUAACUACAUAAUUGAUAUGUGAGGCUUUUUAUCCCAAAACCAGCGUACUGUUGCUUAAUGUUAAACUGAGUAAUUUGCACAAGAAUGUGGUAGUAUUGUAUACUGUAUAUACUCACGUUUAAAGGGACCCGCUUAUAAGACUACCCCUGAGUUUUAGAAGAUUUUAUUUAAAUAUUUGUAUAUCAGGCAUACAAAACAACCCCCUGUUACAACAUGGUCGGUUGUUUUCUGCAUUUUAUGGUUCUGCCUCUAGCUGGCUGAAAACCAAAUGCAUGGCUAAUCUUCCAAAUAAUAAUAAUACCAUUUUAUAAGUUUUCAAAUGUUCAUCAAAAUCUUAUUUCUCAGCAUUUAAUGCUGCGGUUAAUUCAUACUAACAUUUAGUAGCUUCAUUGCAGUAGUAAAUUGCGUGUUACGGAUGAUCUGCACAUAGAACGAACAUAAUUGUAAAAAUUCUAAAAUUUGUGCGUAUAAGAUGAUCCCCCUGUUCUUCGAUCAUAAUUUUGCUAUUUUAAUCUUGUCUUAUACGCGAGUAUAUACGGUACUUUAGUACAGAAAAGAUUUAAUUCUUUUACAAGAAGUCAAUUUUCUUGUCUUGGUCAGUAAUACUGGUUAUCAUAUAGUAAUGAUUGUUUAAAAUUUUUAUGGAAAAUUGGCAGGAUCUUGUUGGAGAUACAUAAUCGGUAAGCAGAAGCUAAAAUGAAGUAGUAUGGAAGUACUACUACUGUAGUACUUCCAUAUUAUAUGAACCAUGAAUGCUAAAUCAUCAAAUAUAUUAUAUAGCGUAUACAUAUAUUCCAGGCAUCUGAUUGGUUAAAAAGUGGGUAAUAUAAGCCUUGUAGAAUCUAUGUAUGAAGUAUACAGUACAUCAAAUACUGAUUGCUCUAGAUUUGGGGAACAGUUAUAACUGUAAACCCUUGGUGAUGCGGAGACCGUAGGCUAAUAUCGUCACAUCACCUUGAGACAAUAAUUUUCUACGCAUUCACAGUCAAUAUUUGUAUACUAUUUUACGGUUUUUAAUAUUACAAAGACAGUCAUUACCUCAUUUCAUAUCCAAAUACCUUGAUUUGUGUACUAUUUAUAUAUUGGACACUUUAACUGUGUAUGCUGCACAUUGGUUUAAUUGAAUUUUUAUUUAAUAUAAAUUAUAACUUAAUUAAAUCAAUUAAAUUGAAUUUUGAUUUAAUGUAAAUUCAACCACAGUUGAUACUCAGGAGAAAUUACUCAGGAAAAAUAAUGGAUUUUCUCACUAUCACAUUGAUCUAAGUUUAACAUGUGUGCGUAAAACACCAUGCUGUAAUGUGCGAAAUGAAUUGUCUCCAGUCUGAUUCAACCAUCAACGAAAGCCUCAAUGGCCCAUUUGUUUAAGACAUUUGCAUAGACAGCAGAAGGUCCCAGGUUCAAAUCCCAGUUGGUGCAACUAUUUUUUUACUUUUUUUGACUUCAAGUGCUCUUUUUUUUUUAUUAUUGUUUGGUUUAUUUUUUUUAUAUUAAUUAUAAAAAUAUUAAUUAUAAAAAUAUUGAUUAAAAAAAUUUAAAAAACAGGAACAAGACUAAUUACUGUACAACAAUAUCAAUAAAAAAAAUAUACAAUAAUUUAUAAUAUUAAGAAAAAUACAGGGAUGUGAUUAGCAGUACAAUAAAAGUAUAUAGAAAAAAUUGAGGGAACAGUUUAAAAUUACACAUAACAUCUGAGAUUAAUAUACUGUAAUUCAAUGUAUGUAUAAGGUUAAUAUAUAUAUCUAUCUAUUAAGAUACCACAAUAAUUACUAUGGUCAUCAAGUACAUAAUAUGUACUUCUGCCCAUUAUGCCUCUUGGCACAUAGGGCAGCACAUAAUAUGUAGGCCUACAUGUAAUGGAUUUAGUAAACUUUAUAUAUUUAUAUAUAUUGUGAUGAAAUUUAAUAAAUAAACUACUGGUACUGGCAUGCAGGUUUCUUGGUUUUUUUUCAUUAUAUAGUACCCAGCAACAGUCAUGCAGUCUUUAUUUACUGUUAUACUUUAUCAAUACUUUGCAUUCAUGAUUCCAGUUGAGUUCAAUGUCAAUGAUAGUACUAUCUCAAGUUGUAGAUUUUUAUGUAAUCUGUGAUCUCAUUUACU